AUGAUUUCAAUGGGUGCAGGUUCUACAUCGAACCGUUUACGACGCCAAUUGUAUGGUGGUUAUAAUGCAGCAGGAUUGCAACCCCCGAUACAAGUAACGACUGGACCUCCUCUAUUGCAGUUUCCAGCAGGAAUUGCCGUACAUUCAAUUGGUCAGCCUCCGCACCUUAGCCUUGGAGGCAGUUCAUCAACCUUCCAUGGUUCUGCUGAGUGUGUAUGCAAAGAGGUGAACAAAUGUCCAGCGGGACCACAAGGGCCAGCUGGUGAUGUUGGACAGCCUGGUAAACCUGGAAUAAAGUACUGCCCUAUCGGACCCCAAGGAUCUCUUGGAAAGGCAGGCCGUCCAGGUAUAAGAGGUAUGCGGGGACCUAAAGGCAGCCCAGGAAUUCCUGGACGCGACGGGAUUCCUGGAAUUUCUGGAGAAAGUGGUCAGCCUGGGACGCCAGGAGAAGACGGACAUACUGGAAUAACAGGAGAAAAAGGCGGCGAUUAUGAAAAACCUAUAGGGUCGCCAGGAGAACAAGGGUCGCAAGGCACAGUCGGUGACCCAGGUGAAGAUGCUCCACCUGGAAAACAAGGGCCCCCCGGACCACAAGGUUCUGCUGGAAUACAAGGAGCACCAGGCGGAGAAGGCGAGGAGGGCAAAGAUGGGCCUGUAGGUAGACAUGGAGCUGAUGCUGAAUAUUGUCCAUGUCCAAACCGGAAUAGCUUAAGAAGAGGCAGAAAAAGCAUCGACAGAGAAGGCACUGGAGUUAUUUUUCGUAAACGUAAAAUUCGCGGAUGAUAAAAAGAUGUUA